AUGAACGACGACAAAGCGAUCGAAGUGAUCGAGAGCAUCGAGAACACUUCUGAGCUGACCGAACAUGAGCGCGAGGUCGAGAAAUCACUCGUCCGCAAGAUUGAUAUCAGAUUCAUCCCGGUAACGAUCCUCAUCUAUCUUCUCUGCUAUUUGGAUCGUUCGAACAUUGGAAACGCCAAGAUACUCAAUUCGGAUUCCGGCGACGACAUUUUGCAGACGCUGAGCUUGAGCAACCAUGCCUACGUGGUGGCGUUGAUGGUAUUCCUGGUCGCAUACUCCGUGUUCGAAGUACCUAGCAAUCUUGCUCUCAAGAUUAUCAGUCCGGCAAAAUGGAUCAGUUUCCUGGUCAUCGCGUUUGGGUCCUUCUGCACUGGCAUUGGUGGUGUGCAAGAUGCUACAAGUCUGACCGUGCUACGCUUCUUUCUGGGGGCGGCUGAGGCCGGCGUAUUCCCUGGGCUGAUGUAUUACUUCACCUUCUGGUACAAGCCCAGCGAGCGCGCGUUCCGUAUCGCUUGCUUCUUAUGCAGCGCCACCUUGGCGGGCGCUUUUGGAGGUUGCAUCGCAUAUGGGGUUGGUCAUAUGAAUGGAGCCCUUGGCCUGCAGGCAUGGCGGUGGCUUUUCAUUGUUGAGGGAGCUCCAACGGUCUUCCUCGGCAUAUGUCUAAUCUUCUUCCUGCCGAGCUAUCCUGAAGAUGUGUCCUGGCUGACAGCAGAGGAACAAAGUGUCCAACAGCUGAGACUGGGAAGGCAACGGAAUCAAAGUCAGCAGAAGAUCAACUGGAAGGAUGCGAAAGCGACACUCCUCGACUUGAGGAUGUAUGGCCAUUACCUAGCGUACACUGGUAUUGGCUGCGGAGUGGCGUCACUGUCCUUGUUCGCACCGACAAUCAUACAAGGUCUGGGUUAUCGUGGUCUUCAUGCUCAGCUGUUCACCGUACCGCCAUAUGCAGUAGCAUACGUGUGCACUAUGCUCGCAGCAUACGCUUCGGAUCGUUACCAGAUGCGCGGCCUCAUUGCUGGUACUUCGUUGGCUUGUAGCACUCUAUGCUUCAUCGUCUUGGCUGUGCUCCCUGGAGAACGAUUCACAGGGCGUUAUGUGCUGCUCAUCUUCGCAACGAGUGGUGUAUUCGCAGCACUUCCGUCUCUCAAUGCGUGGGUGGGUGACAAUGCGACUAACACAACUGCCAUGUCCUUGGUCUUUGCGUGCAACGUCGCCUUCUCCGGACCAGGUCAGAUCGCUGGCGUAUGGAUAUACCGAUCUCAAGAUGCGCCUCUGUAUCGCCUUGGACACGGCGUCAAUGCUUGCUUUACUGCGCUCGCUUGCUCUCUGAGCUUCGUCUUGUACUUUUACUAUCGUGGGCUGAAUAAGAAAGUGGUACGUCAAGGAUAUGGCCACCGAUGGAUGGAGUAA